UUUAUAUCAAGACAAAGAAUUUAGUUUACCUUUCAAUAUGAUCAAUAUUUAUUUCUAUUUUUUCUUCGCAUUUUUCAACUUCUUGUUAACAGUUGCUGAUAUUACACAAAAUGUUUUUUUACGUUUAUAUAACAGGAAUGAUUCAUAUAUUGAUGAAAAUGUAAGAAAUGCUAAUCUAUUUCUUCCUUAUAUACAAAAGAAUAAAUUGCUUAUAAUUCUUAUUCAUGGUUUCACUGAAGAUAUAAAUUCUUAUGAUAUAAGACUAUUGACGAGUGCAUAUCUGGAGAAUACGCAACACAAUAUUUUUGGAAUUGAUUAUCGAAAUGUUAGUAAGGAAUCUUAUCCAUUUGCCAAACAAGAUAUAUAUAAAGUUGGCAAAUUUAUGGCUGACGCUUUGGACGAUAUGAUAGAUAAUGGCGUGAACUUUAAAAAAAUACAUUUAAUUGGAAUCUCAUUGGGAGCUGAGCUUGCGGGGAUUAUUGGACGCAAUAUGAACUAUAAAAUUGGCAGAAUAACAGGCUUGGAUCCUGUCGGUCCUGGAUAUUACGUACUCAAUACUCAUUUGAGUGCUUCCGAUGCCGAAUUCGUAGACGUUAUUCACACUGAUAUGGGUGUCUAUGGUCUAGCUUUGAAAAUUGGUCAUGUGGAUUUUUUUCCUAAUUAUGGUUAUAGACCGCAACCAGGUUGCCCGAUAUCAGAGAAUGAUAUUACACGAUUUUGCAGUCACGCUAGAUCUAUCGAGUUCUAUAUAGAAUCAAUUAAAAACUCUACUGCAUUCAUUGGAAAAUGUGAAUUUUAUUGGUUAAAUGAAUGCAACAUUGAAUAUAUUCCAAUGGGAUAUGCUACACCCAAUAAUGCUUUGCACGAACAGAGAACUUCUUUCAACAUGCUCAACAUUUAUUUUUAUUUUUUCUUUGCGUUUUUCAACUUCUUGUUGACAGCUACUGCCGAUAUGACGCAAAAUGUUUUUCUACGUUUAUAUAACAGGAAUGGCUCAUAUCUUGAUGAAAAUAUAAGAAACGCCAAUAUAUUUCUUCCUUAUAUACAAAAGAAUAACUUUCUAAUGAUUUUUAUUAAUGGUCUCACUAAUGACAUAAAUUCUUUAAGUGACAGAUUAAUAUCAAAUGCAUAUUUAGAUACGACACAGGAUAAUGUUUUUGGACUUGAUUAUCGGAAUAUUACUACUCAGUUUUAUCCAUUUGCCGUGGCAGAUAUAUCUACUGUCGGAAAAUUUGUUGCUAACGCUUUGGAUGAUAUGGUAGAAAAUGGUGUAAAUCCGAAAAAGAUACAUAUAAUUGGGCAUUCAUUGGGAGCUGAGCUUGCAGGUAGCAUAGGACGUCAAAUGAAAGUCAAAAUUGGCAGAAUAACAGGUUUGGAUCCUGCUGGUCCUUUGUACUAUUUUCUGAAUAAUCAUUUGAGCAUUUCCGACGCUGAUUUCGUAGAUGUUAUUCAUACUGAUAUGGGAUUGGCGGGAUUGGCUUUAAGAAUUGGUACUGUCAAUUUUUUUCCGAAUUAUGGUCGCAGACCGCAAGCAGGUUGUUCAAUAGAACUUACAAGUUCUUGCAGUCACAGUAGAGCUUACGAAUUUUACGCGGAAUCGAUUAGAAACCAUGGAGCUUUCAUUGGAAAAUGUUAUUCAUUAAAUAAGUGCAGCGGCGCUGAAUACAUUCCAAUGGGAUAUGCGACACCAAGCAAUGCAACGGGUAACUAUUAUCUCGAAACAAACUCAAAAAGUCCUUAUGGCCGAGGAUUUGCAGGAGCAACUUUUAAUCCACUUCUAAUUACACCUAUACCAACUUAAUUACAUUUAAUGUUGUGAAUGAUAUAUGAAUUGCAUAAGAAAUUAUAUAAGAAUUAUAUAAUUUUUCAUAUAUUUAAUAUAUAAAAUAAAUGAUUAUUAUUUUA